GGCCGCAAAAGCGACAAGGGAGUUCUCAGCGUGUUGCGAGUCGUGCCCAUCGAUUCCCCCCCUUCUCCCCGCCGGCGACGGGUCCUCCCGGCCGGAUCCAGCCCCCCCCCGGCCUCCGCGCGGUCCCGCCACUGCAAGACUUCUCUCGGUCCAGCGACCUCUUGAGCACUGAGAUGCGGGGGGUCGGAGGCCCAUUGCUCACUGUCAGCGAUCUCCUGAGCGACCUCGCUGUAGAAGGAGGCGACGACCACCUCGACGGCGGAGGCGAUGCAUCUGUUCCCUCCUCCCCCUUGGCAGUGCAUCAGGUGGAGGAAGCUGACCCCUCCGAGCUCCAGCGGCUCUUCGCGGAAGACUAUGACAGUUUGAUGAAGUCUCUACGGGAGAAUGAUCCUUCAUGGCCUUCCCUGAUGCUGAAGUUGUGCAGGGCGUUGAAGACUUCCGAUAAGCUGCUGAGCUGCGCGAAUGUGAAAGCCGAGCAGCUGCUAGAGAAGGUGGAGAAACUGGAGCAUGUCCUAGAGAGGGGAGAUCGUGCAGUGGGAUCAAUUAUAGAGGUUCUUCAGAGCAUGCAGCUCACCGAGGAUCAUCAGACCUCCAAAUCGAACCCGCCUAGCAUGUAGUGAGCUGCGGUGGCGUAGGUGUUGUGUUUGAUUAUCCAAAUCAGGAGUCAUGCCUUUCCUGCCAGCAUUCUAGCACAAAUCCAUUUACUAGUUCCUUGUAAGAUGCUUCCUGAAUUGAAUGAACUGAAAUGCUAUAUGCUUCCAGGGUCCAUUGCUCUAGAAGCCUGAGAA